AUGUCUCAAAAACCCAUCUUCGUGGCUACCCAUCCACGCGCCUGCUCUACGGCCUUUGAACGAGUCUUCAUGACCCGUCGGGAUACCAUUCAAUGUAUCCAUGAGCCGUUUGGUGAUGCCUUCUACUACGGGCCUGAACGCCUGUCGGCCAGAUUCGCCGACGACGAACAGGCUCGUCUGGAGAGCGGCUUCAGCCAGUCGACGUUCCAGACCGUCCUGGCCAGAAUCGAGCGCGAAGCUUCUGAGGGCAAGCGCAUUUUCAUGAAGGACAUCAUGCACUACCUCCUCCCGCCAUACGGCAAACCCGCCAGCAUCGCGCCAUCUCUGAACAGAAUCAAGCGUGGCGUGGGCACCGAGUCUAACGGAGAGACUGCUCCCCUUUCGGCCGUUGGCGCCAACGGCACCAACGGCCACCACGCCCAGCAGCUGAAUGGGCUGAAUGGCCACGCUGUGCUGGACCACUCCACGCCGGUGAAACCGGCCACCACUCGGGAGCCGUACCCGUACGACACGGCAGCCGAGCCUGGCAAUCCCACCGUGAUGCCCACGGAGAUCCUCUCCCAGUUCCAUUUUGCCUUCCUCAUCCGCGAUCCCCACCACAGUGUCCCCUCCUACUUCCGCUGCACCAUCCCGCCCCUCGACCAGGUGACGGGCUUCCACAACUAUGAUCCCUCCGAGGCCGGGUACGACGAGCUGCGUCGCACCUUUGACUACCUGCGUAGCGUGCGCCUGGUAGGCCCCCACAUUGCCACACAGGAGCGUGACGCCGACGACAUCGACAACAAACUCCGACCGGUGACGAACGGCCUCAACGGGUACGAAUCCGGAGCGGAGAUCUGUGUCGUCGACGCCGACGACAUGUUGCAGAAGCCGGCGGCCAUGAUCGAGGCUUUCUGUCGUAGCGUGGGCAUCGAAUAUACCCCGGACAUGCUGUGCUGGGAUACCGACGAAGACCACCAGGUCGCUCGGGAAAAGUUCGAGAAGUGGCGCGGCUUCCACAACGAUGCGAUCGAGUCGAAGGGUCUGGUUGCUAGAAAGCAUCCCCAUGCCGUCAAGACAGAGGAAGAAUGGGACGCCGAAUGGCGCAAGAAAUACGGCCCAGAGGCAGCAGACCUCAUCCGACAGACCGUUGACGCCAACAUGGCCGAUUACUUGUAUCUGAAGCAAUUUGCCAUGCGCGUGUAG